ACUCUGCGAUAAUAGCCGCAGUUCGUGGCAGCCUAACUGUUGCUACCACGUGUUGCCACAGAGUCCUUAAACCGCACAGUUUCCCCAAAGCAGCAUUCGUGAACUGCAAUGACUCGUCGGCAGUGUUGAAAUGUCAGGUUUUGGGUGUGCUCUCGUGUAGCGCUGAGCGUGCUACGUCUGGACGCGUCCAAAGCGCAAGAGUCGAAACUCUCCGCUCUCUUCGCCAUGCCGACGAAUCCAUUGAGAGAAUUUCGCAGCGUUAGUCAUCGCAACAGCUAUCCGCAGUGUGUGUAGUAGUCGCCUAUAGCCUCUCUUGCACCUCUUGCACCGGAGAUCCACAGUGGGCGCCGUGCAGGGCUUGGCUACAGACGCACUCUGUGCCGCGUGUCUGUGCACCGCGUGCGCGAUUUCUCCUGCACCCACCCGCAGAGGUUUAACAGUCGGCCGGCAUGGUCUCAUGCCGGUUGGGUCCGUGGUGCUGGGCCGCUGGGUGCCCGGGUCAUUAGGGUGUUUGCGCAGGACGUGGCGAGCCGACGCCAGUGACCGGGCAGGUGAUGUUUGCUCACGUAAGCCGCUCGCGUUUGAUGAGGGGCGCAGGGGACGCGGCUGGAGGGUGCGCGCUACUGUUGCAACGCCUCACCGGAUAACCGCUGCUAUCCCAUCCCGUCCGUUUGUUCCUCCACGUUUUUUUGUUCUCUUUUUAUUUUUUAUAUUUUGCUGAGCGACCAUCGGAUUUUUUUUUUGCGAGAGCGGGACACUUGGCGAUCGAAAGAAGUGGAUAAAGGACCCGAUUUUGCGUGUGCGUGUGCGUGGAGUGCGUAGCAUUUCUUGUGAUUCCCCUGUACGCGCAAGCCGCUUUUUUCCUUCCAGAGAGGCAAUGCGCCCACCCAUGCGAUGCUAGCCUAUUAGCUGGAGAGGGAGAGAGAGCGAGAGAGAGAGUGAGAGAGAAAGAGAGAGAGAGAGAAAGAGAGAGAGAGAGAGAGAGAGGUUUUAGCCCUGGAUUCGAGAGGAGGCUAAUUUACGAGUCUUGUUUUGCCUUUCAGGAAAAGGGGAGAUAAGAGGGGGAGGGUGGUUGGUGAAGGAGAAUGCAGCAAUCACAUUUUUAAGCAUGCAGAAGCGGGCCGUUUCCGGUUCCUAGGCUGGUGUGUGUCCCCCCAUCCGACGCCAGCAGCCGUAUGGGGAAAGCAGCGGCAGACACAGAUGGCAUGGACACUUCCACAAGGUCUGCCGCUCUGCCCUGCCUGCUCUGCCGGAGCCCGUUCGCCGCCGUCUCUCUCUUCCAGCUCGCUCCGCCGCCCAGCAGCACUGCAGCACAGCACAGGCUGACGGCAUGAGGCUUGAUCCAGUGCAUUUCUCCAUGCUGGUCAUCGGGGUCUCCUUCGCCUGUUACGCCCCGAGUCUCAACUCCCUCCAGGACCAGGCGUACAGAUCAGCCGUGGUCAUCGAGGGCGAGGUGCGCUCCUCCCCGGAGAACGUCUCCUCCCGGGAGCCCUACAGUGUGAAUGUCAAAGUGCUGGAUGUGUGGCCCGUCAACAGCGGCGGCCUCGAGAGGGAGCAGCUCGUGACCGUCGGGGACUUCGGCUCCGAGGCCCCGUGCACCACGGUGGAGAAGGACCACAGAUAUAUCUUUUUCAUGGACCCGACCGCCGAGCCCUUGGUAUUCAAGGCAUCGUACGCCCCCGUGGACGCCAGCGAGCCGGAGCUGAAGAAGGAUGUGGAGAGAGUGUUGUGCGAGGACUGCGCCUCUGCUCCUAAGCUACGGCAGAUGCGAGGCCAAUCUCUGGUGGAAGGGGACAAGCUGUACUUGAAGUGCGAGGCGACGGGGAAUCCCAGCCCUUCCUUCCGCUGGUACAAAGACGGACAUGAGCUCCAGAAAGGCAGAGACCUCAAAAUAAAAACCAACAAAAAAAACUCCAAGGUGCAGAUCAGUCGUGUCCGAGUGGAAGACUCUGGCAACUACACGUGCGUGGCUGAAAACUCGCUAGGACAGGAAAACGCCACGAGUAUAAUCAGCGUUCAGAUCUUGACCACCACAACCCCGUCUCCGGGUGUGAGUCAUGCGAGGCGCUGCAACGACUCAGAGAAGUCCUACUGCUUCAACGGAGGAGACUGUUACUUCAUACAUGGUAUUAACCAGAUGUCCUGCAAGUGUCCCAAUGACUAUAAGGGGGACCGCUGUCAAAACUCCGUCAUGGCCGAUUUCUACAAAAUGAGGUCUAGUAAAUAUAGCAAGGCUGAGGAGCUUUACCAGAGACGGGUGCUGACGAUCACGGGCAUCUGUGUGGCCUUGUUAGUGGCUGGCAUCGUUUGUGUGGUGGCCUACUGCAAAACCAAGAAGCAGAGGAAGAAGAUCAAGAGUCACCUACACCAAAACCAGAAUCAGUGUGCGGAGCAGCCAAACCGAAUAUUGGCCAACGGGCCAAACCCCCCUGGGCCCGGUCCUGAGGAGAUCCCCAUGGUUGACUACAUCCCCAAGACUGUCCCUACCACAGAGUGCGUGAUCAGCCACGGAGCUGAGGGUGCAGGCAACUAUGCAGGCAGUCGAAUGUCCACCCGCUCCCACCACUCUACCACUGCCUCGCAUGCUUCCAGACAUGAAGAGCAGACGUGGAGCAUGGAGCGGACAGAGAGCAUGAACUCAGACUGCCAGUCGGGCGGGCUCUCCAGCUCGGUGGGAACCAGUAAGUGCAGCAGCCCGGCGUGCAUGGCGAGGAGGGCCGCCCACUGGGGCUGCUCGGACGUGUCGGGGCCGGGAAUGCAGUACGGGGACUCCUACGACUCUCUAAGAGACUCACCUCACAGCGACAGGUAUGUGUCAGCGCUGACCACGCCGGCACGCCUGUCUCCAGUGGAGUUCCACUACCCGCCGUUGCCACCCCAGGUGCCCACCUUCCAGAUCACCUCACCCAACACGAGCCACGCCCUCUCACUUCCCCCCGCCGCCGCCGCCUACCACAGAGACGACGACCCGCCGCUGCUACGAUGCCCCGAUGACGGGAGUUUAUACAGGCAGCCGCGGCGUCCACGGCGACCCUACCUGACGGAGAGCACAGGAAGUCUCCCAUCCAGCCCCUACCGUCUCCCUGACGACGAGGCCUAUGAGACCACGCAGGAGUACGCCUCUUCGCGGGAGCCCAUCCGGAGCAGGCGCCGCCCGCGACGCAACCGCCUCAACGGACACAUCUCCCAGCGUUCGGCCGGCCUACGGGACUACAGCUCGCAGAGCUUCAGCCAGUCGGAGGAGGAAGAGGAGGAGGAGGAGGAAGAGGACGCUCACGGGGAGAGCACACCUUUCCUCAGUAUGCAGAACAUGAACAUGGACCCGCCCCUUUCCGUCCCAGGUUACCGCUCGUCGUCUGGCGCGGACACACGGACUCACCGCGGGCUGAGUCGGCCGGGGACACGCAGCAACGGGCAGAGCCGCGGCUCCCAGUCGCAGCGCUCCAAGGCCGACAACAUGCCCCUUUAAGACUCGACCUCCCUCCGACGCCCACCCCAUAGUCCCCCCCCCUCCCUCCCCCCCGCCACCUCCCACCCCCCUCCCACCUCACACACUCCCCCCUCUCCUUCUACACACAACCAGUGGACUAGAGACCUGCACCUAGGAGAAAUAUUUUUAUUUUGUAUAACAGACAGAUAUUCUAAACAAAUGAAAUAUUUAUUUUCAUUUCAGCAAAAAUUGUCUACUAGCUAACAGCAAAGACUUUUUUUAUAAUGGGGGGGAUAUUUAUAUGUAAAGUUUUUUGAUUUACAGCAUUAUGAGAGAUGAAAACAUAAGAGAAUUACGUGCCAAUUUUUUCACAAGUUAGAUAAAUAGAAUAAUAUUGUGGUGCCUUUUGCUGUAUGCUGAAGUCGGAGGUCCCAUUGAGUUUUUGUAGCCUUUCUUAUAAAGACUCCUCGUUUUUAUAGAGACCAACCCUCUUCCUUCCUUUUGCUUUGUUCUUUUUUUUCUCUGAUUUGGGAUCUUCCUCUUUUUGAACUGUGAUCUGAUUAUGUCAUCAUGCAAUAUUGAUUCCUCCUGUGUAAAAGGUGUCUGUUUACAUGAGUAUGAUCCACGUCGAAGCGUUUCACAGGGACAUUUAGUCGCCGGACGCAGCCGGAGUGUGUAGGGUAGUUUUCUCGGAUGAACACACAUCACGGUCAUUUAUGUCCUCGUUCGCUGCCUGUCAGUCAUUUUGUUGUGUUGUUUUUUUGUGAAAAUAAGAGCGUCAGGGAGUUGUCGAGGGAAAGUGACUCCAGAUUCCUGUGUGGGUGUUCAGGGUGCUGCCAUGACAUUGGUGGUUGUUGCAGUGUGUGUGUGUGUGCGUGUUGUAUGUGUGUCUGUUUGUGUGUCUGAGUCUGUACACCUCAUGAAGCCUCAUUUGGUUGGCACCUCUGUUCACCUCGGAGGGUGUGUGUGCGUGGUCUCUCGUUGGACCGACAUGUUCUUUCUCACCAAUCCUCACGCUGCCAGAAGCUCCAUUGCACUGUAAGAACCUCCCUCCGUGAGCAGUCAUUGGCCAGGGAGCUGCCGAUCCAAAACCGAAAAACCUAACCAAUCCAGUUGUAAUCCAGCCUGACUCUGGCCUCCCGUGGACUGCCCAGCCCGCCCGUUUCCUAUGCCAGCAGCUUAGAGCCGCACUGUGUCUCAGGACUUCUCCAUCGCAUCACAGCCAAAAGACUCAAAAGCAGAGAGAGCGCGUCAUCUCAGUCACAGUUCAGUCCGCAGGCCAGAUCCACAUCCCCUCACUACUACUCUCCUCCUUCUUCUUCUUCUUCUUUUUUUUUUUAUUCGUUUGUUGCGUUUUACUCGUGGCCACGAUUGACGGAGCGUUGGUUUAAAAAAAAAGAUAAAGAAAAAAGAAAAAAAAACAUGGAAUCAGAAGGGAGAUUUAGUUGCUUUUUCUUUAUUAUUAUUAUUAUUAUUAUUAUUAUUAGUAUUAUUUUUUACUUCUAAGGGUGUACAAGUGGGCAUGUGUGUAGUACCUGUGUGUGAUUCACAGAGAUGAUGAUGGUGAUGAUGAAAAGAUGAAGUUGUGUCGAGACCACAUCUGUUUGCUCUGAUGCAGGGGCGUACCUAGGAAAUCUGCCCCCCAUCCCCACCCCCCCCUGAGAGGAGGAUAUUGCUCUGGGUUCCCACUUUUCUUUCCUUUUUUAUUUUAUUUUUUAUUUUUUUUACAUAUAUUAAUAGAAACGUUAGAGGCGUUUCAGCCCCUAGAGUCGCCGCCGCCACCUUUCACCACUCCAGCGAUGGCACCGCGUGUUCACACUGCUAAAGGAGCAAGUUUCCGAGUCCGAUAUUCUGUGUUUUUAUUUAGCUCACAGCCAAACGGUGGCAUAUGAUAAUCCUGAUUACUGCAUCCUUGGUUUGCAUUCCUAUACCUUUACUGAUUGAACUUCUUUUGCUUGGUCAUAUUGACUGAAUGAUCUGUUACGUGUCUGUCCGCCCCCCCUCCCUCCCACUCCCUCUCCCCUCCCUCCUCCCCUCCACACACACGUCACCCCUCACCUCCAUGUCUUCCUCAACCUCUUUUACCGAACCUUCAGAAGCAACUAGCUGAUGAGUCCGAGCCCCACGUCUGGACGAGAGCACCGAAAACAGCACACUUUAACAGUAGGCCCGUCACGUCAGAAACUCUUUUCCACGUCAGAUACACAUCGAGUUUCGGGACCCUUUCAAGCUCACUGAGGAAAACGAUGCCGCGUCAGAUACGAUAUGUGUCCCUGUUAGAUUUACCAAUAGUUGUUUUUCUUUUCUUUUUCGUUUUUCCACACAGGCGAUGCAUGGAUCACAGAUUACGAAAGUAUCUUAAAAAUGGCGACAGACCCCCCCCCCGCCCCUCCUCCCCCCUCGGAUUCAGGGGAAUCAUACUAGUGGUAUAUACAGAUAUUAUUUGGGUACAUGGCCCAAAGGUCUGGCUAGUUUUGUCUUACUGUCAAUGUAAUCAACCUGGGAUUUGCUAUGUGGAAAUACUGCAAGUGAGGAUAGUGUGCUUCUAGAGCUAGUUGAAUUGUUAACAACCCCACCCUGUUUCUCCUCACCCUGCACUUCCCACCCGCCUUUUACAAACACCUUCCACACGUUAUAUACCGACAUCAUACAUAACAAGGCACACACUGAGAAAUGCACACGAAGACACACAAACACACACACACACACACGGCCCUUUCCAUGUUUGUUUGUCAAGCAGUUUGCCUUUGUCUUUUUUACCUACUGACUCCCUCUCUCCUCCUCCUCUUCCUCCUCUCCUCUCUCCUUCUCUCCCCCCUUUUCCCCCUCCUCUCCUCUCACCCCACAAAUCCCCCUGCAUGUCCUAGUGGUACUGGUAGUUGGGUGCAUGGAAAAAGCAGCAAGCAAAUCGUUUUUCCACUCGGUGAAAAAAAAACAAAAAAAACAAAAAUAAAGUAAAUAAAAACGUGUCUUCAUUUUAA